AUGUUUUUCUUAAAAUCUAUUGUUAUUUUUGCUGUAGCGAUCGCUUUGGGCGCAGAAGCCAGUGGAGUAUUACCAGCUGUAGCCGCACCUCUCGUUGCAUCAGCUCAAAUAGGAUAUGCCCAUGCUGUACCGCAAAAUGUUCCCCCAUAUGCUUCCCAAGUCAGCGUCGUUUCCAAGGCGAUUAACCCUAUUAUUGCUGCAUCACCACUAUCAGCGCCAAUUGUUGCACCAGCGCCUGGACCAUUUGCAGCACCAAUAGCAGCUAGAAUAGCCGCACCUUAUGUUGCUGGCCCAGCACCAGUGAUUCCUGGUGCUUAUGCUGCAGCUCCUUAUGCCCCUGCUGCUUAUGCCGCAGCUCCUUAUGCUGCUGGACCCUAUGCCGCAGCUCCUUAUGCCGCUGGCCCUUAUGCCGCCUCUCCUUACGCUCUUCCUGGUCCUUUCCCUGCUGCAGCUGCUUAUGCCUCUCCAUACCCUUAUUCACUGGCUGCCCCCCUGGGACGCGUCCCAUUCGGCGUUGCACCAGCAUUUGUACGAUAG